ACAGCCCGCAUAUUUGUCAAGCUGUUUGUUGCCGAGAAAAUCGAUGUAGCAAUACGCGAAAGCACCGAGAACGUCAAUUGGUCGAUUGUAACUCAAGUGUAAUGCAAACUUGUAUAAAAGAACGCAUGCAUAGGCGAAUAGUUGUGCGAAAUUGUUCACUUGCAAGCGGUUGUUGUGCUGACUGAGUAAAAAACAAAUAUAUUUUCGAGAGAAGAAUUUGCUGUACCAAAAUAAUCGAAUUCGAAGUUAAACAAAAAAAAAUCGCCGAAACUACAUUUAAAUAUAAUUUUAUAUAUACCAUCAACAACGGUACAUAAUAAAGUUCCAGGAAGAAGGAGACUCACCCACAACCAACUACCCCUGACGCCCUUCUAGUUUGAAAAAGUGCAAAAGACUAUGGGCGUUACUGAUGCACCUACCGAAGAUGGCGAUUCGUCCUCCAAACUAACAAUACAAACAUUUCGGGAAAUUUUUCGUAGCAUAGAGCCGGAAGUACAAAUCGAUGCAUUUGAGGAGGAGCAAGGGUCGGGACGCGGCGACAAUUAUACAGCUACACUAUAUCGCACACAUCUUACCGGUCAACGAAAGAGUACGGCGGAUGGAAAAAAACAAAAAUGGGAGCAAUAUUUAAUUUGUAAGCGACUGCCGGAAAACGCUCAGAGACGUGAAGCUUAUAAGAGCGAUAAGCUCUUUAGAAAUGAAGUGUUAUUUUACACGGAAAUAUUGCCGGAAUUGUUGAGAUUUCAAGAAACCAAAACGGAAAAAGUUUUUGACGCCACUCCCAAAUGCUUCUACGCUCGCGGCGAUCUUUUGAUUAUGGAGGAUUUGCGUAUACGCGGCUUUCAAAUGCCUGAUCGGCAGAAGGGUCUAACCAUAGAUGAAACUGAAUUGGUGCUGAAAGAGGUUGCCCAAUUUCAUGCACUAAGUUUGGCCUAUAAAUUCGAAAAUCUUGCUCAAUUCGAACGUUUGCGCGGACUUGUCACAGAGGGACUAUUUUGUGCAUCAAAUGAAAAUUGGUAUAAAAAUUACUAUGAACGCUUGACAAAGGAUGCUAUUAAAAUGGUUUCCGAUAUUCUACCCGAGGACUCUAAAUAUUUGGAUGCAAUGAGAAAAUUCGCCGGUUGCUCUUCUUUCUUUUCGCAAAUGGUUAAUUUAGUAUGUGCAGAAUCAACGCUUUCUGCAAUUUGCCAUGGCGACUGUUGGGUCAACAACUUUCUUUAUCGCUACGAAAGUGCUGGUGAUAACACAGAACAAAAAAAAGCUGUUGAUGUUUGCUUGGUGGAUUUUCAACUGAUACGUUAUAGUUCCAUUGCGCUCGACAUAGCCAAUUUACUAUUCUGUUGCACAACCAAAGCGAUGCGUGAUGAACAUCUAAACAGUUUCAUCAAAUUAUAUACAGCAGAAGUUUUUAGAUGGUUGAAAACUUUGUGUACAUACCUACCAGAGUACUGUGACAGUGCUGAAAAGUUUGCAAAACUAUUUCGCGAGGAGUUAAAAACCUAUGGACGUUUUGCGCUUGGUCUUGCUUUGGAUAUUUUACCAAUGUCAACUUGCUCAUCGGAACAUGCGCCGGAUAUGUACUUAAACAUUCAUCAUGAUGCCAUGGAAGAUGGUGCGCCUAUUUUGAAUUUUCCGCCCAACGAUUUAUGCCGACAAAAAAUGACUGACAUAGUCAUUGAUAUGGUCGAUAGCGAAAUGCUUUAAUGAGAUACUUUUCCGUAUUACUGCUCGAAAACUAGCUGAACAACUAUUUGGCGGUAUAAGCCAAGAGUUGGGGCGCAGCAAAGCUUGGCAUAAAUGCAUGUUGGCAUCGCAAAUAAGUUUCCUUAAACAAAUAUUGUAUUUUAGAAUUACUUUAGUGACGAUAUACUACAUAUGUAUGUACGUGCGUAUUAUAGAAUUUACUAUGUAUCAAAAGAAUGCUCGUAAAUUAGUUGAAGAGAAUGACUACGAAUACAGUAGGUAUAUAUUUGUAACGUUUAGAUUUUGUAGUUUCAUGGAAGUGAAAAAAGACAAAUUUUGAACAUACGAUGCGCUCUAAUUUGAAAACAAUUACUUAUUGAAUGGAACUGAAGUUCUUUCUAAAGUGUUGCAGCUAAUUGGUUGAGCGACGUGAUUAUAUGACAAAAAUUAUAUAAUAUAAAAAUUAUUAAUUAUAAAACCAAACACAAAAAACAAGUAUAAAACUAAUUUAUAAACCAUAUUUCGGUUCAUAUUUGCGCACAUUUCGGCACAAAUACAGACAUACUCCCCUACUUAAGUGCACAGGUUUUCUAAGCAUUGUAGAGCAAUAAGAAGUGAAAGUUUUCUAACUUUUGGCGUUACAAACACGUAUGAGUAUUAUUUCUUCAGUUACUCUUUAUGUAUACAUAAAUAGUUGCAAAUUGAAAAACUAUCGAAGAAAAAGCGUUUGCGAUAAUUUGAAAUGUUUUGCAUUUUUUUUUUAUCAAGGUAACGCGAUAAACUCAUUUUCUUAUAUAUUUUUUAUUAUUAUUAUUAAAUUUUAUUAUAGCUUUGAAUUGCACUUAAAACAUUUGACUCUUCAAAUUGACAAUAACACUUUAUAAUUUUUAUAAAUAUUGCAUAUUGUCUCAUAAGUAUGUAUUUAUAAAAAAGAGUAAGUCAAACUUUGUAAAUUAUUGCCAUGCACAUUUAAUAUCUACAAGCGAACAGGCAAGUUAAAUAAAAAGAUGCUGCAGCACGAAAUUAUCAAUAUA